AUCAACCCCUCGCGCCAAUUUCAUCUCACACAAUUGGCCAACAGAUAGAGAGAAGGAGAGAGACGCACACGCGCAAAGGAGCGAGGAGAGAGAGAGAGAGAGAGAGAGAGAGAGAGAGAAGGGGGGUGAGAGACCUCGACUGAGACUGAGGGAGGGAGAGAGAGAGGACGGCUGGUAGAAUUUAGCCCCGGCAGCGUCUUUUCCCGUCCAACACUACAAGCUUAUUACCUUCCUCUCCACGCGCUUGGAAACGGAUUUACGCACACCAAAGGAGGAGUUUGGCGGACAAGUAGGAUGCUGAGUAGCUUUCCUCCUUACCACUGCUCUCCAUCCUGCUCUCCAUGACUUGAAAGCGCCACCACAGUGGGAGGAACCAAACACAGACAGAGAGAGAGAGGAAGAGGAGGGUAGAAGGCCAGGGAAGGAAGGAAGGAAGACACUUUUUUUGUUGUUAUUAUUUGUUUUCCCUUUCUGAGAUGGCGGCAACGGAGGCCAGCGUGGCGCCGGUGGUCCAGGAAGAUGGAAAAACCCCCGAAAACAAGCCGGCAGAGGCGGAGCAACCGGCUAAAACCGCAAACUCAGAGACUGUCAACAGUGAGGUUGUUGAUAAAGACGGCACAGCUGUCAACAGCGAAGUAGUCGAUAAUAAAGAGACUGUGAAUAAUGACACAGAGGCGGCGGCAGGAACCCUGGAGGGAGGAGAAGCAGCAAGUGGGGAAGUAGCGCCUCCUCAGAACUCAGAAAAUGCCUCCUCUGCUGAGCCCAAGACCUCCUUCCUGGACUCCUUCCUGAACAAGAGCGGCCUGGGGAAGGUGAUGGGAGGAAGGAAGAAGAAAGAGCAUAGCGCCGCUGCCGGAGGAGGCGAGGAGAGUCAGGUCGAAGGAGGCGAGAAAGAGGGAGAAAAGGGAGGAGAGGAGGAUGCAGCGGGUGAGGGGGGAGCAGAGGGAGCUGCAGAGGGAGAGGCAGCAACAGACAAAGCUGCAGAAAACGGAGAGAAAGAGGAGGAGAAGAAGGGGGAGAAAGGAAAACCUGCAGAGGCAAAAUCCACAGUUCGUGAUCUGAUCAGGAAGCCAGUGGCGAGGAUCUUCUCCCAUCGCAGCACCGAGAAGAAGGACGGCGCCGCCGCGGAACCCCAGAAAGAAGUCAUGGUUCGGUCCAAGUCCCUGGACCGCCUGGGAGAUCCCGAAGCACUUAAUGCCCCCGUAGACUCCACGGUGGAGGAGGGAGGAGCUGCAGGAGGAGCAGAGGGAGAGCAGAAAGCAUCGUCUUCCUCAUCAGCCACCAAGCACAUGAAGCGCUGGCACUCCUUCAAGAAACUCAUGGCUCAAAAAACUCACAAGAAGAGCAGCGGAGGAGAGGACGGGAAAGAAGAGGGAGCAGAUGGCGAGGGAGGUGGUGGAGACUCCUCCACGCUGGACUCCAAGGAGUCAGGGCACAAGAGGUGGAAGCUGAAACGCUCUUGGACCUUCCAGGGCCUGAAGAGGGACCCAUCCAUGUCCGGCAUCAGCGGCAAGGCCAAGGGUUUGGAAAAAGACUCAGAUGAAAAGACGGAGGAGGCGGCGGCAGGUGGAGCUGAGGAGGUAGAAGAAGCCAAGGCUGAAGCUGGGGCAACAGAGGAGGCCAAGACGGAUGGAGGUGAGGAGAAAGCAGAGGGAGGCGAAGAGGAGAAGGCGGCAACAACAGGAGGUGGAACGGUGACGCAACACGCCAACGAGAUCUGGACCUCCUUUAAGAAGCGGGUCAUCCCCAAAAGCAAACGCGCCAACACGGAGUGCGCCCCCGGUGGCGAGGAGGACGCAACUGCAGCCGCUCCAUCAGGUGAGGACGCAGCUGCAGAGGAAGGAAAAGAUGGAAAGACAGCCAAGGCCAAGCGCUCCCAUUUUGGCCGUGCAGUCUCCCUGAAGAACUUCAUCAUGCGGAAGGGCAAAUCCAGCAGCGUGGAUGCCAAGGAGGGAGAGGAGGCCACAGAGGGAGGAGAAGCAGCAGAGGAGGGAGGUGCUGAUGAUGAAGCCACCACAGCAACAGAAGAAACCAAUGAGAAAGAUGCACCAGCGGUGGAGGAGAAGACACCGGCGGAGGAGGAGAGCGUCGCCGAGGAGGCCAAGGAGCCAAAGGAGCCGGAGAAGACAACGACCGAAGUUCCUGUGACCAACGGAGAGAACGGCUGCUCCAACGGCACGGUGGAGGAAAACGCCACACACAAUCACCAGGAGGAGGAGCAGGAGGAGACAACAGGGAGCAGCCCCGUGAAGAAGAGCAAGGAGGCAGGAGGAGUAAAAGACGAGGCCAACGCCAAGAUCAUCAACGCCACAGCGGCUGUGAACAGCGACAAAAAGGCGGGAAACGUGUGAGGCCACACAAAGAGGAUUAGAACUGCCCGGGAUUCGCUGAGCAAGGAGCUCUGAGCCCCACCCACCCCACCCCCAACUCCUCCUCCUCCUCCCCCUUCCUCCUCGUCUCUCCCUUCAUCCCUCCUCCUUCCUCCUGUAAGCGGAGUAAUCACGUGUAAACAGAUCGCCAUGGUGACGACGACAGAGCGAUGGAGAGAGCGAGAGAGAUGCAAUUCAUGUAGAUGAGAAGUGAAAAAUAAUACUUACUCAGAAAGCAAUAAUUCACCCCCCCCCCGAUCCAUUCAUCCACAUCAUCCACCAUUCCUCCAUCCAUCCACCCCCACCCCCUCCGUCCGACACAUACAUAAACACAUGUACAUCCAGUGUUCUUUUUUUAUCUUUUCUUUGCUUGUCUGUGAGAUUUUAUAUUGUCUACGAGAGAAAAGAAAAAUGCAGAAAAAAAUUCCCCUCCUUUAUCGCUACUUAAACUCUGCUCUCCGUCUCUACCGACUCCUGAGUGGUGGUUUUAAAUAUGAAAAAGAAGAAAAAAAUUAGUUUUAUAUUGACGGCCAUUUUGGUUAGUAGUCCCCCGCCCUCUUCUUCAACCCCUCCACCCCACCCCCUCUGUCUCCCAUCCACCCCAGUAGAUAUGACAGUACAGCAGGACCAUGUUGCUACGGUAUAGAAACUGCCCCGAGGACUGCCACCUCCCCACCAACACUGCAAUGUCUUCAGCUCUGUGUGUUCAAUGUUUUAGACUGUUAUAUUGUGUACAUGGAUUUAAAAAAAAGAAAAGAAAAACAACCAUCGAAGAUUAAAGUCAAUUUUUUUCUUUUUGUUGUUUUCCUGUUUGGUUUGAAUUCUCUUUGUUAUAUUUUUGUUUUUUUAAACCACAUCUUCUCACUGUUACUGCAGUCUGACGAUAUGCUGUAAUUAAAAUAAUAAUAAUAAUGAUGUUUUGUUGGUCCAAGUUUUCACAUGUCCGCUAGCAAAUUGUCAAGAAAGAAAAAUAGUACAAUAAAGACUAAAAUCUAACAACUAAA